GAAGCAUACCCGGAAAUGUGAAUUUGUUUUGUUAUUGUCGGGGCGGGAAAUCGGUGACAUCCUCUGACCAUGCCAUCCAAACAGCAGGAUGUCAAACCUAAAAUCCUUUCGGUUCUCUUCAUGACCUUGGAUGGUGAACCCAUGUCUUUCUAUCUGCGGCCGGGUCCUGCCAAGAGCAAGCUCCAGCCUCUCAUCACAGCUGGGGGAGGCCUGCUGUGCAAAGUGCAGCAGCCCGGGGCGAUUCUGCUGAUUGACCCAGAGGAGAAAGGCUCUAUUCCUGAAAGUACUGCUCACUGGUACGUGUCCACGCAGUACAUUCAUGACUGUAUUGAGAAAGAUGAACAGCUGAAUUUAGAGGACUACAAGUUAAAUCCUGAAGGAGAACAGAGACAAUCUCCUACACCCAGCAACAGAAAAGAGCCCUCACCAUCUGGACUAGGAGGCAGAGUGGCUUACACCCCUGAAGAGGACGCUGCCAUUUUGAGUUAUGUCAGUAAGCACAAGAGUGAAAUUGGUGGGAACCGGCUUUGGCAACAGAUGGAAAAGCAGCAUGUGACCAGCCACAGUUGGCAGUCGAUGAAAUACCGUUAUAGAGUACGGCUGGCUCAUAAACAGUCAGAGAUUGGGGAGGUGGCAGAGGAAGAGCUCAAGGCAGCAGAGGAAGAGACCAAGGCACAUUCAGAGACAACAGACCCUCUUCAGACACAAUCAGCAGAAACAGAUCUAACAGAUCUAACACAGAUAGAUGCUGAACCUGAGCCAGCUGAAAGCACACAACCAGAGAACUCAACAGAAGCUGAAACAUCAAGCUCUCCCCAACCUGAGGAGCCUCCCAUGGACCCACAGAGAGAGGCUAUUCCUGCUGAGAGCACAGAACCAGAAACAGAUACCUCACAAUCAACCAUUUCCCCCCAAAAAGAAAAUGUGCCAGAGGACUCUCAACCCGAGCCCCUGCCCAACACUUCUUCUCUAAAAAAGUCAAAAGAGAAAGAGAAGACCUCCCCUAAGCUGGUCCAACCACAGCGCCGGUCAACACGCAGGCAGCUUGAGCUCGAGGACGCACUGUCGUCUCAACCUUACAGCAAAAAACUCAGAUCAGCAUCAGCUUCUAUUGAGCAACUAUCAUCAUCCCCCAAGCCAUCAAAGAAAACUAGAUCAGCAGUUAAAUCUUCUCCUCAAAAAGACACAACAGUUGACCAGCCGCCUCCUAAGAGAGCCAGAGGAAAGAGAGAGGCAACAGUGGCAGAGUGUCAACAGGAGGAGAGUGUACCGGCUGCUGUUUCUGAUACAGUGCAAGCAGAUGAGGAAUCUGAUUCAGUGCCACAGACAGACGAGAAGAAGAAAGAAGGGAGGAAAUCGGGGAUUCUUGUGUUGGCUUCAAACGAGUUUGAAGAUGAAAGUGAGCCUGAGGACGAAGCUCCACAUCACCAAAACCCAGCUGUAACGGUGACGCUACAACCCACAUCAACAGAUCCUGUCCCGCCCUCUUCAGACAAAGCUAUUGAUGCUGCUUCCACACAGUCCAACCUUGAGACUGGACCCAGCCUUCAGGAGAAUGUGCAAGAGGCCCUGGCCUCCAGUAGCAACCACCUACCAGAGACAAGUUGUCCUCAGCCUGCAUCUGCUGAGCCUGUAGCGUCCAUGCCUACAGCUACUCAGCCUCCAGCCACUGAGCCAGCAGUCCCUGAGCCUGCAGUCCGUGAGGCUGCAGUCCCUAAAGCUGCAGUCCCUGAGGCUGCAGUCCCUGAGCCUGCAGCAGUUGAUCCUGCAGCCACUGAGCCUGCAGCAGUUGAGCCUGCAGCCGUUGCACUUGCAGGCACUGAGCCUGCAGUCCCUGAGCCUCCAGUCACUGAGCCUGCAGUCGUAGUGCCUGCAGCUGCCGAGUGUGCAGCUGCUCAGGCGGUCCCAGCUACCUCCAAGCCCCACCUUUUCAUAUUUGACAAUGAAUCUCAGGAAGAAGAUUCUCAGUCAGUUAUUGGUAACAACACAGCAGUCAACCCACAGCCAACAGUGAACAAAGAAGCUGCACUGUCGCUGACUCAGGUCCAGUUAGAAGAGGACAAGCAGCGAAUCAGAGAGCUGAUAAGCCAGACAAAACAGGACUUAAUUUGUGUGACCAAAGCCCUGUUGAGGACUAGUGGAGAUUUCUCUGCAGCCCUGGAGCUGCUUUUGAAUCCCUCCUCUGUUUCUGGACCUUUUUGGAAUCGCUGUGACGACAGUCUUUUGCUCUCAACAGAUUCUGCGGCCCGCCAGCAGCUGCAGGAGAAGUACGGUGAGGAGGGCGUGGCCAAAAGAAUAGUGUUCCUUGAGGUAGAGGGAUGAAUAUGACAGCAUGGUGCAGAUAAAAAGAAGGGAGAAUAAGAAGUAAUGUAGAUGUAAGGACUAUUCUCAUCUGUUAUAUCAACUAAAUAGUAUGAAAUCAUCAAGCUAGUGAAUAUUCAUUAGUCUGAAUUCCACUUUCACUGUCAGUGUCUAUGUUGGCAUUCUUUUUAAGGUUUAAAGUACAUUUUUAGGUAAAUUAAAUAGAGGCUAUUAUGUGAGACAUAUCUUUGGGUACCUUAAAAGCAUUUUAGCAUGAUGAUACUGUAUCAUUUUAUUAGUUUUUAAUGUGUUUUAUGUCUGUUUUCAUUAAAUUGUAUAAUAAAUCUGUCACAACAUUUU